AUGGCGGCGCCAGCCCCGGGGCCUGGGGCAGCCUCCGGCGGCGCUGGCUGUAGCGGCGGCGGCGGCGGCGCGGUCGGCGGCUCGGGCUCCGGGUCCGCGGGGGCAGGGGGUCGGCUGCCCAGCCGGGUGCUGGAAUUGGUGUUCUCCUACCUGGAGCUGUCCGAGCUGAGGAGCUGCGCCCUGGUGUGCAAGCACUGGUACCGCUGCCUGCACGGUGAUGAGAACAGCGAGGUGUGGCGGAGCCUUUGCGCCCGCAGCCUGGCAGAAGAGGCUCUGCGCACGGACAUCCUCUGCAACCUGCCCAGCUACAAGGCCAAGGUACGUGCUUUCCAACAUGCCUUCAGCACUAAUGACUGCUCCAGGAAUGUCUACAUUAAGAAAAAUGGCUUUACUUUACAUCGAAACCCCAUUGCUCAGAGUACUGAUGGUGCAAGGACCAAGAUUGGUUUCAGUGAGGGCCGCCAUGCAUGGGAAGUGUGGUGGGAAGGCCCUCUGGGCACUGUGGCAGUGAUUGGAAUUGCCACAAAACGGGCCCCCAUGCAGUGCCAAGGUUAUGUGGCAUUACUGGGUAGUGAUGACCAGAGCUGGGGCUGGAAUCUGGUGGACAAUAAUCUACUACAUAAUGGAGAAGUCAAUGGCAGUUUUCCACAAUGCAACAAUGCACCAAAAUAUCAGAUAGGAGAAAGAAUUCGCGUCAUCUUGGACAUGGAAGAUAAGACUUUAGCUUUUGAACGUGGAUAUGAGUUCCUGGGAGUUGCCUUUAGAGGACUUCCAAAGGUCUGCUUAUAUCCAGCAGUUUCUGCUGUAUAUGGCAACACAGAAGUGACUUUGGUUUACCUUGGAAAACCUUUGGAUGGAUGACAGUCGCUUUCUUGGGAUGAAAGACAGAAUGGAGGCGAUAUCUGCUUGUGGAAAGUAGAAUCAUGAAGUGACAGUGUCAUACAUGCAUGCCCAAGAAACAUCCUGAAAAACACACGAAAUUGUUAACUGGAGAAGCAGCUCUAUGGCAGAGAUUAUCUUAGUGUUUCCUCUUUGUACUGGGCCAGAAAAAUCCUCAGGGUUGCAGUUGGUUGAGUGGGCAGUUGACAUAUGCAUGUUGCAACAGAUUUUGUCUCUAAGUUAGCAAUGUGUCAUUUCCAACUUUUAAGGUGAGAUUUUAGAGAUGCUAUAAAAGGGAUAAGAUAAGGAAAUAGCAAGAUUUUUAAGUAGUGUGUUUGUGAAGAAAGACUGAUCCUGUUUUACAACCGCCUGUUUUUUCUCCAGACCCUUUUUCCAGCCAGCUUGACUAUUAGAAAAGUAUGAAACUGGUUGGGUUUUAUUUAAUAUUUUUAAUAUAUUGAGAAGCAUGGUCUGCCUGGACUGCACUUCUCUAACAGUGGAUGUAAAAUUGUGCAGCUAUUUUAAAAGUUGUAUAUAUAAUAAGUGUGUAAAAAACUGUAAAAAAAAAAAAAAACAGGACAAAGGGGUUGCUUUGUUCUAGUUCAGUUUCUUAAAAACCACUACAUGGUACAAGAUUAGAAUAACAUUUAGGGAAAAUUAGGUAACUACAAAGAAGAGGAUUUUAAGAGGAGAUGUGUUGUAUUGGCUCAUUUUUACAUUAAUAUGGUUUACAGUUUCCAUAGCUGUUACAGUCUGGUAUUUUUCUUUUAACGAUCAAAAUUAUUGUAAAGACCCCUCAGUGUCCUGGUUUAAGAUUGAGGGAAGGCAAAUUUUAUUUCUAAUCCUACAUAGGUCAGUAAUAAUAACAAUAAUGUGCAUCUUCUAGUAUCUGGUUUUAUAUUUUGGCCUUUUGCGAAAGUGUCUCAUAACAAUAUAGAACAUUGCCAUUUGCUCUUACAGGCCUCAAAUAUGAAAGCUGUUAGUCACAGACCUUUGGAAAAGAAUUAAUGGUCCUUUUAUUUUGUAACUUUAUAAUGCUGUAGAUAGUAUAAUUUUUUUUUAAAUUUCAUAUUGUUUACAUCAUGGCAACAAAUCUAAGCCUCAAACACUUUGUUGGGGUUAUCAAGAAAAUGUUUACUCACCCAUCUGAAACAGUGCCAGCCUGAACCCAGGUUAAGAAUGUUCUUAAUCUCAUUAUAGAUAAUUGCCCCCAUGGGACUUAAAAUAAAAUACCUUGUGCUGAAAAUGAAAACUUCAGGUUGGCAAUAUUUUGAAGGUUUCCUUGUAGAAGAGCUUGACAUUAAUUCCUAAUCUGAGUUUUUGACUAAUAAAUCUGAUUUCACUAAUUCUCUUGAAUUAAUCUAACAUACACGAGCUGAGAUUUUCUUUUGUUAUAAGAGAAACAAACAUCAUCUUUCUGUAUGAAAGUAUAAAUGUAUGGUUUCAGAUGCAUCUUUGUGAUAAGAAUUGACUAAGGCAGGUGGUUCUUUGCCUUUCAGCUUAUUGCUGUGUGUAAUUUUGUUUUAAAUCUAAUCAAAUUAGGGACAGACAGUAAGCAGCUGGCUAGAGUUCUUGGCUUGCUCCUUGAGAGUUAAGAUUAUCAAUACUCUUAUGAAGCAGGGAAUUUCAGUCAUGAACAAAGAUUUGUUUUUGCCACCUGACAAGUUUACAAAUAUUUAUUGUGUAUUUGGUAUGUUGCUUACAGUUGAAAUCUGUUAAAGAUCCUUUUCAAUAUCCAUGUCAAGAAGAAACCUGGAAACCAUACUUAGUAAUAGUACAGAGUGAAAUUAUAUGUUAAAUGUGUUAGAGAAUAUAGCUGCUACAGAAAUUGAUUUUUCUUGGUGUAGAACAACUCAAUUUGGCAAAGUUUAAAAUUUGAAGAAAAGAACUGGUUCAGGAUGAAGGUUGAUAAAUGAUAAGACAAUAAAGUCCCUUAUGUGCUUGGUUUUUUUUUUUUCAGGGAGUGAUAUAGCCAAUGCCAAGAGCUUUUGCCGAGAGUUUUGUUUAUAAUUUCUGUUUUGUCUUAUUAGUAUAAUAUUGUCUUAUUAGUAUAAUAUUCAUUUGUAACAAAGUUUUGAAGGUGCUGAAUGGAAAACAGAAACACAUGGUUAUUGCACAUUCAACCUAGAAUCAAAUAAUUGCUUAAAUAUUUAACAACAAGCCAUUCUUAUCUCAAAGACUUAAAUUCUCUAAUAUGCUAUUUGCAAAGUUUAUAAAAUGGAGGUUCAUAUUUAGAAUGAGCAUCAGGGGAAUGAAGAGCCUUCAUUUAUAACCUGAUAUUUUAUUACUGGAGAUCAUUAGUCGUUGUACAGAGAAUAUUAAAGUGUUACACUGUUUAAGGAAAAGGAAUCUCUUUCAUUGGUGCUGAGAGAGCAUUCAGGUAGAAGAGAGUUGCACCUGAAGGUUAAGUAUAAAUCAUCUAGACCAGUGGUUCUCAAACUUAGCUGUGCUUUGGAGUCAUGUGCAUUUUGAAAAAUAUUGAUGCUUGGGUACCAUACCCUAAAAUUCUGAUGUUGGCCUGGGAUAUGACAUGAUCAUAAGGAUUUUUUUAAACUUCCUAGCUGAUUUCAGUAUGCUGCUAAGGUUGAGUUUUAAAUUCACCUUAAGUUUUCUCAUCUGCAAGAUUAAAAAAAAAAAAAUCCUUGCUCCCUCCCUUCACUACCUCACAAGCAUAUUGAAGAGAAAGGAGAAAAUAAUAGGAAAUACUUGUAUGAUGGAUAAAAUGUGUUAUUGAAAGACAAAGUAGUAUUGGUUGUAUUUCAACUAAAACUAUUGUCAGGAAAAGAAAAUGUGUAAUUGAAUUUAUUUUGUUGACUUGGGAAACUGGGAGCAUUCACUUUGGUUCUUUAGCAAAGCAUGCAGAUGUGUAAACAAACGAUACUAUUAUUCAUACUAUGGUCUUCUGUCAUACUUGAGAUAGGCUGUUUUAAUUACCUGGUUCUACAUAGGAAAGAAAUAUUGAGGCUUAAAGUCUGUAAUGGCCAAUGGCUCAUAAUUCAUUAAAACUUUUCAUACAAGGAGUUCU